GGAGGACGCGGUCGGAGCGGAGCCAUCUAGGAAACCUCGGCCGCGGGUCGCCUGUCCCGGAGCAGCUGCCCGUCUCAGCCAGACCGCAGCGUCUAAGGCGCGGGUGUUGGGGAGAUGCCUCUGUUCGCUGCCAAUCCCUUCGAGCAAGACGUGGAAAAAGCCACAAAUGAAUACAACACUACGGAAGAUUGGAGUCUUAUUAUGGACAUAUGUGACAAAGUUGGAAGCACUCCUAAUGGAGCAAAAGAUUGCCUAAAAGCCAUAAUGAAAAGGGUAAAUCAUAAGGUUCCUCAUGUUGCUCUGCAGGCAUUAACUCUUCUUGGGGCUUGCGUGGCAAACUGUGGAAAGAUAUUUCAUUUAGAAGUAUGUUCCCGUGAUUUUGCAACAGAAGUACGUGCUGUGAUAAAAAAUAAGGCUCAUCCUAAGGUAUGUGAAAAACUGAAGUCUUUAAUGGUGGAGUGGUCAGAAGAAUUUCAAAAGGACCCUCAGUUUAGUCUAAUAUCUGCAACUAUUAAAUCUAUGAAAGAAGAAGGAAUUACUUUUCCUCCAACAGGUUCUCAGACUGUCUCAGCUGCUGCCAAGAAUGGUACGUCAUCGAACAAAAACAAAGAAGAUGAAGACAUAGCUAAAGCUAUUGAAUUAUCGUUGCAAGAGCAGAAGCAGCAGCACACAGAAACAAAAUCUUUAUAUCCAUCUGCAGAAGUUCAGUUAAAUAAUAAAGUUGCAAGGAAAGUGAGAGCUUUGUAUGAUUUUGAAGCCGUUGAGGACAAUGAACUCACCUUUAAACAUGGUGAAAUUAUUAUUGUUUUGGAUGACAGUGAUGCCAACUGGUGGAAAGGAGAAAAUCACAGAGGAAUAGGACUCUUCCCAUCUAAUUUUGUAACAAGUAAUUUAAAUGUGGAGUCUGAGGCAGCUGCUGUGGAGAAAUUGAAUGUAAUUGAUGAUGAGGAGGAAGAAAUUAAGAAAUCAGAGCCCGAGCCUGUUUAUAUAGAUGAGGAAAAGAUGGAUAGAGCCCUGCAGGUACUUCAGAGUAUAGAUCCAACUGAUUCCAAGCCAGACUCCCAAGACCUCUUGGACUUAGAAGAUAUCUGCCAACAGAUGGGCCCAAUGAUAGAUGAAAAACUUGAAGAGAUUGACAGGAAGCAUUCAGAAUUGUCUGAACUGAAUGUAAAAGUCCUGGAAGCCCUGGAGCUAUAUAACAAGUUGAUGAACGAAGCAGUUUAUUCAAAGCUGCAUCCUCCAGCACAUUACCCACCUUCAUCAGCUGGGCUUCCAAUGCAGACAUACCCAGUUCAGUCACAUGGUGGAAAUUACAUGGGUCAAAGCCUUCACCAAGUUACUGUAGCCCAAAGCUACAGCCUAGGACCAGAUCAGAUUGGUCCAUUGAGAUCUCUGCCUCCAAAUGUGAAUUCCUCAGUGACAACACAGCCUGCUCAGGCUCCAUAUUUAAGCCCUGGACAAGACACGGUUUCCAAUCCUACUUACAUGAACCAGAACUCUGCCCUUCAAUCAGCUGCUGGCACAGCUGCGUACACGCAGCAGAUGGGAAUGUCUGUGGAUCUGUCAUCUUACCAGAACACUACGUCCAGUCUGCCACCCCUGGCGGGCUUUCCAAUGGCAGUUCCAGCGCACGCAGUUGCACAGCAGCAAACAAAUUAUCACCAGCAGCCUCUCCUUUAGAAACCAGCCAGGCAUUUUCUUGAAAGCCUUCAUAUGUGUAUUAUUCGACCAUUAUGAUCCUAAUCUGAAAAUAUUAAAAGAAAAAAAAUGUUUUUUCUGAACUCGGAAAGACAGACCAUGAAUAAAUAAAGCACAAAAACUUAUCUUACUCUACUAGGCCAUAAAAGGUUUUCUUUCAGUCCAGUUUGUUUGAAGUCAAACUUUUGAACAGAGGCAGCUUUCAAUUAGUUUUGUCUUAAUUUCAGAUUUCGUUACACAAAUCUGGACACCCAAUAAGUAGCCUUAUGACAUUAUAAGCAACAUGAGAUACGAGUGUUCUAAGUUUAUAAAGAAACCACCCUUUACCACCUAAAGCGUCAUGUUAGUUGUGAGAGCACUGAAACCUUUAAAUAUAUUUUGUCUAUAUUUUUCUGUUUCCCACACACCAUUAUUUUCAAAGGCGAACAUCUUAUUGUGCAAGCAUUUAGCUUGCCAACAUAUUUCCUUUUGGCUCCUUAAAUUGCAGUUGUAUUUGCAAUACUGUCAGUUUUGCUCUUAGUAUUAGGUUGAGUAAUAAUUAGCAUAUAAUUGUCUGCAGAAGCAAGAGCAAUUUGGAAGGAACAAAAAUGUUUUGUGUUAUUAAAAGUGAAUACCAUGUAAAUGCAGGUGUGUGAUAAAGCAUUUAGCUAGUCCCCCAAUCAUGCCAGCAGUGGGCUAAGGAGCGCCCCCUGAAACAUUUCCAUUCCCUGGAGAACAGCAUUUCUUUUUCCACAAGGGUCGCUAGUAUUUAGAAUUGCCACUGAACCUUUUCAAAUGACUGGCCAUUCUGUGAAGAAGAUGUGGUCCAUUUGUUUCCUUCAUGCAGCGGGUGUGCAGAGACGCUGCAUUUCCUUUUUACCAUGACGUGAAUUUGCGCCAUGAGACAUUCCUAAGAGUUGGAUGUGAUGGAUGCCAAGCAUAAGUGUUUUUAUUGAUAUGUUGCUUCUUUACAGAGGUAAUUCGAGUACCACUGCUAUGCCAGGCUGUCAAAAAAUUUGGCCAUUCCUUUCUGAGCCUGUGGAAUAACAGCAGGCAGUGGAUUGAUAGGGAAGCUAUGGAUACAGUUUUUCUGGUUUACAUUUUAAAAUAGCUUAUAGUGCUAAUAGAUUCCACUGUAGGAGUUUAGGUAGUAACCCAAUAAGGAUUGUUUUCUCUCCUAAAAAUUCACACACUACUGCAUCAUCUACCAAUUUUUUAGGUAAAAUAGAAAAUGCAAAUACAUAUGCUUACAGAUAAUGAUAUUUAGACUGGAAAAAACCAUGGACAUAGGUUUAGUUUUUAAAAAGGUAAUUAUAUGGAAGCAAGAUUUCUCUAUUUUUUAAAGAAGGCCUUUAAUCUUUCUACUGAAAAACCAUCUGAAGACAGUGCUCUAGAAAUUUUUGUCAUUUACUGUUUAAAGAAAUUUGAUUCUAAAUAUAUUCCUUUUUCAAAGAAACUGAACAACAUAGUCUGUAUACUACUUGGUCUACAUUUAUAGGGAAAAACAAGCAGUAUUUGAAAAACCAAUUUCUGUCAUCUUAUUUCAGAUACAGGUAACUGGAAAGAAAGUUUUAACCUUUAAUGUUUCAUGUUCUGUUUUUCAUCCAGUAUUUCUUUUCCUUCCAUGUGAAUUCAAUUAUAUACUUAUAAAAAAUUAUAAAAUGGCACCUUACCUUUUAGAAACGAAUCUAUUUAAAGAAUACAAAACAUAAAAAACAUUUACAAAGCUGCUCUUGAUGAUAGUUAAUGUUUGCAUAUAUAUGGAAAUUUUUUCUCUCCCAAACAAUAUUUAAUAAAGUUAUUUUAAUAUUUGUGUAAAUAUUUCAUGUAAAAUUGUCAUUGGAAUUGUAAAAGUUUAAUUCUGCAUAAGUCUUCAACUAGUAUAAAUACUGCACACCCACUAAAUUGAGAUCAGCCAACUGAGUUCACCUAAUGUAGUUUUGGAGUAAUGUAACAUGCAACAUGUAUAUAAAUAGUGUAUAUUGGCAUUUAUCCGUGAAAUUUUAUACAUUCAGAAGUUUUUUCUCUCUCUUAAAUUAAAAAUAAUUUUAUUUUUGCCAUACCAUAAUGAAGUUUGUGUUGCAGGUUGUUGACAGUAUAAAAAUGUUAUUAAGUCGGUGUACCGAGAUAUUUUUAGUGUUAAAUACAGGGUUGUUAUUUUUCUUUUCUAUGAUCUUAUGGAUUGUAUUUAUUUUAAAACCUGUUUAUAAUUAAAUGUUUUCUGCCAAAGGAGCUGUCUAACAUCAGAUUUCUACAUUGGGUUCAUACUUACUGUUUUUAUAUAAAAAAUAAAAAUAACUUCUGCUAUUUCACAUGAAGUCUUGGUACAUGAGAAAGAAUUCUUGAAAAUUAAAAUAAAGUUUUCAUUAAUGUAGAAAACGUU